UUAUUUAUUUGUUUAAAACAUAAACCCUCCUUAUACGAGGGGUUUAACCAUUUCCCUCUUGAUUUUCUUCCCUUUUCCAUUCCAACGAUGAAGAGAUACAUGACUAUAGCAAAUUCCGUCAAAACCUUUUUCCGAACUGUUCAAUCAUCACCCCUUCAACUCCGUUCUAUCACCACUCUUCAUUCCUUCGUUUCACCUAAUAACUUCUUCUAUUAUGGAAGUUUCAGGUACAUUAACUCUGCUCCAACCCACGCCGAAGAAGCUUCUGUUGAUAAUCGUAUUCCAGCUACAAUCAUUACCGGUUUUCUCGGCUCUGGAAAGACCACUCUUCUGAAUCAUAUUCUCACAUCCCAACAUGGCAAGCGGAUAGCUGUCAUUGAAAAUGAGUUUGGUGAGGUUGAUAUUGAUGGAUCACUGGUUGCUAGCCAUUCUUCUGUGAAUGGUGAAGACAUUAUCAUGGUCAAUAAUGGCUGCCUAUGCUGCACUGUGCGAGGAGAUCUAGUUAAAAUGCUGUUGGAGUUGGUUAGGAAGAAAAGAGACAAAUUUGAUCACAUUGUUAUUGAAACCACAGGUCUUGCAAAACCAGCCCCUGUUAUUGAAACUUUUUUCAGCGAUGAACUAGUUUCUGAGUAUGUUAAACUGGAUGGGGUUGUGACUUUAGUUGACUGCAAGCAUGCCAUGCAACAUUUGAAUGAGGUGAAACCAAGAUUUGUGGUCAAUGAGGCAGUUGAACAAGUUGCAUAUGCUGACCGAAUUAUUUUGAACAAGAUAGAUUUGGUUACUGAAUCAGAGUUAAACAUGUUGACCAAGAAAAUAAAGCACAUCAAUGGAAUGGCACAAAUUAAGCAAGCUAAAUUUGGAUCUGUUGACAUAGACUUUGUUCUUGGUGUGGGAGGAUAUGAUAUUCAGAGAAUUGAAGCUGAGGUAGAAGGAGAAUGUCCCUCUACAGCAAGCCAUCCAGAUGACUGUGGACAUGAACACAAAGGGCAUCAUCAUCAUGAUCACGUGCAUGAUUCUGCUGUCUCUAGUGUCAGCAUUGUUGCGGAGGGAACUCUUGAUCGUGAUGAGGUUGAAGAUUGGCUUGAGAGAUUGGUUGAAGAAAAGGGAGAGGACCUAUACAGAAUGAAAGGUGUCUUGGCAGUGGAUGGUUCCGAACAACGAUAUGUAUUUCAGGGGGUGCAUUCCAUGUUGGAUGACAGCCCAGGAAAAACAUGGCAACCCAAUGAAAAGAGGAUAAACAAGCUUGUGUUCAUUGGAAGGAAUUUGGAUGAAACUGCCCUCAGAAAAGGCUUCAAAGGCUGUUUAGUCUAAUAUUUAAAAUGUGGGGAGUUUCUUUUCCCACCCCACAGUCACCGCUGAAGUAUACUUCAGAAGAAAACAGAUUUUUUGCCCUUUGGACUAUACUUCCGGACACCUGUGUUUUUAGAAAACAUGAGGGGAAGAAACUCCCUAAAAUGUGUAUUCUCAAAUUUUCAGGUAAGCAUACUGUAGCACAAUCCGGAAAUGUGGUUGUUACUAGAUUGAAUUGAACUUGAAGGACUCACUUGUUAUGUAGUAUUAAUAUUAUCAUUACAUGCUUAGGUCGUGCAUAGCAAAAGUAAUUUAAAUCAGUAUACAAGAUGUCAGAACUGAAUUGUUGUUAUAGUGUGUUAAACGUGUAUAGUUACCGGUUAUUUGAUA